CCUUCUUUCAGGAUCCUCUACACCACCACUGACUUCCCCCCCUCUCCUCGUGAGAUGCUCAGCUGCACGUUUGGCGAACCGCGCAGAGUCGUCCACUCAUUCACAUGCCAGCGCCGAUUAAUUCCCAGAUGGAGAAAGCGUCAGAUGGCCGCUCUCCCACCGGUUUCUCCUGCAGGGUGCGACAUUGUCAAUGCCACACAGUUGUGCCGCUGCAAGACAUGCUCGGGAAGGACAUGGUCUACUCGCCCUGGCCUGCCUGCCUGUAGCCUGUAGGCUGCUCUCACUGCCGCGUGGCUUGGAGGCGGUGCCGUGUAUCACAAGACUGCUCCUCUCUGCUCCUCUUCGCAUUCUGCUUCUCAGCUAGCUCCUCGGCGGCUAUUCCUGCUCCAACCCCUCUUCUGAGCGUCUACUGUGUACCAAGUCCCUCCGCUGCUGAGGCC